AUGUCGGCUGCGAAUGAUGAAACAUCACCAGGAACGGCUCCGAUAAAGGGUAUUGGGCUGAGGGUUACUAACAUUGAAGGCAAUUCUUUCGUGCCAAGGAGAGGUAUGUUCCAAACUACGAAUGCUUCGGUCAUUGAUGGACUUUUUGAGAUAUCAAAACCAGUGGAUUUCGAAUACAAAGGGGGUUACCCGGGGGAUGAUGGGACGGAUGUAAUGCAACCCCAUGCAAACCCUAGUAAUUCUGGUUCGGGGUCGGGGUCGUAUGCAUCAAAGGUUGCUUCGGUGAAACCUAGAAACAAGAUUAACUUAAGAUAUAUUGAAGACACUAAUCAGAUGGAAGAAGUGGAUGUCAUGAUUCCCAUGGAAUCGGUGAGGAAAGUUCAAGAUAGGUUUGCUAAUGUUCUGUUCGGCUAUUUUCUGGGUAAAAGGUUAGCGUUUCCAGUGGUUGAUUAUUAUGUCAGUAAUAAAUGGGAGAAGUAUGGCCUUCAAAAGUGCAUGAUGAACGGUAAAGGAUUCUUCUUUUUCAAAUUCGGUACAAGGGAAGGGAUGGAACAAGUGCUUCAAGAUAGGCCAUGGUUGAUUAGAAACAUCCCGAUUUUUCUUAAAUGUUGGUCACCGAACACUGAGUUGAAAAAGGAUGAGUUGAAGAAAAUACCUGUGUGGGUCAAAAUGCAUGAUGUUCCUCUAGCGGCAUACACGGAAGAUGGGCUGAGUCUGAUUGCCUCAAAGUUAGGGGAACCAAAGAUGCUUGAUAAUGAAACAGCUAAGAUGUGUGAAGAGUCAUGGGGUCGAAGUGGAUAUGCUAGAGCCAUAAUUGAAUUAAAUGCUGAUAAAGAGAUGAAAGAUGCUAUAAGUGUGGCUAUUCCGAAUGUAGAAGAAGGUGGAUUCUUAAAAAGCACUAUAAGGGUAGAGUAUGAAUGGAAACCUCCAAGGUGUUCUUCGUGUUUGGUCUUUGGUCAUAGUACUGAGUCGUGCCCUUCAAAGGUUACUGAACUAGCUCAGGGGGAUAAUAAAGGUAAAGAAAAGGUGGAUGACCAGGGAUAUAAGGAUGGAAACAAACGUAAGAAAGGGAAGAGGAAGCCGAUUCAGGUUAAAGAUAGCAAGAAAUUUGAAUAUAGACCGAAAGCGAGGGAGGACCAACAUGAAAAAUAUAAGCCAAGCACGUCUAGGGCCCCUCCAGUGAAAUUAACAAACUCUUUUGGUGCCCUCAGCAGCAAUGAGUCGGACGGAGACACUGAUCAAGAUGAGGUUCGAGUUGAGGAUGUGACCGAAACUAGUAAAUUUAUGGAGAACAAGACACAAGGAUCCGGUAACAACACAGGUGCAAGCACACCUGCUGAUAGGGUUAUCAAUGUUUAG